AGGUCGGCGGCGGCGCCGCAGUCGUGGAGGGGCACUGGGUUCGUAGGCGGCCGCGGGCGACGCAAGUUCCGCACGGAGCCCGUCUCUUCUUGCCUCACGCUUCUUCCUCUCUCCUAGUUGCGCGCUGCCUCCCGACGGCCGCUCUUCCUGACGAGAGCUUUCGGAGUGCGGUUGCUGAGGAGAAGCCGUCACCACCCCGCCUCGGGGCCGAGUGAGGGUUCCUGUCGCGCCGCGUCGCCCCCUGCGCCGCCUCCUUGCCCUCAGUGGCGGGCGCCCUUCUCGCAGGAAGCAUUCCCCCCAGCUCCAUGAAUGGAAAUCGGCUCCGCAGGACCCGUUGGGGCCCAGCCCCUACUCAUGGUGCCCAGAAGACCUGGCUAUGGCACCAUGGGCAAACCCAUUAAAUUGCUGGCUAACUGUUUUCAAGUUGAAAUUCCAAAGAUUGAUGUCUACCUCUAUGAGGUAGAUAUUAAACCAGACAAGUGUCCUAGGAGAGUGAACAGGGAGGUGGUUGACUCAAUGGUUCAGCAUUUUAAAGUAACUAUAUUUGGGGACCGUAGACCAGUUUAUGAUGGAAAAAGAAGCCUUUACACAGCCAAUCCACUUCCUGUGGCAACUACAGGGGUAGAUUUAGAUGUUACUUUACCUGGGGAAGGUGGAAAAGAUCGACCUUUCAAGGUGUCAAUCAAAUUUGUCUCUCGGGUGAGUUGGCACCUACUACAUGAAGUACUGACAGGACGGACCUUGCCAGAGCCACUGGAAUUAGACAAGCCAAUCAGCACUAAUCCUGUCCAUGCCGUUGAUGUGGUGCUACGACAUCUGCCCUCCAUGAAAUAUACGCCUGUGGGGCGUUCGUUUUUCUCAGCUCCAGAAGGAUAUGACCACCCUCUGGGAGGGGGCAGGGAAGUUUGGUUUGGAUUCCAUCAGUCUGUUCGGCCUGCCAUGUGGAAAAUGAUGCUUAAUAUUGAUGUUUCUGCCACUGCCUUCUACAAAGCACAACCUGUAAUUCAGUUCAUGUGUGAAGUUCUUGACAUUCAUAAUAUUGAUGAGCAGCCAAGACCUCUGACUGAUUCUCAUCGGGUAAAAUUCACCAAAGAGAUAAAAGGUCUGAAGGUUGAAGUGACUCAUUGUGGAACAAUGAGACGGAAAUACCGUGUUUGUAAUGUAACAAGAAGGCCUGCCAGUCAUCAAACCUUUCCUUUACAGUUAGAAAAUGGCCAAACUGUGGAGAGAACAGUAGCACAGUAUUUCAGAGAAAAGUAUACUCUUCAGCUGAAGUACCCACACCUUCCCUGUCUGCAAGUGGGGCAGGAGCAGAAACAUACCUAUCUGCCACUAGAAGUCUGUAAUAUUGUGGCAGGGCAACGAUGUAUCAAGAAGCUAACGGACAAUCAAACCUCCACUAUGAUCAAAGCAACAGCAAGAUCUGCACCAGAUAGACAAGAGGAAAUUAGCAGAUUGGUAAGAAGUGCAAAUUAUGAAACAGAUCCAUUUGUUCAGGAGUUUCAAUUUAAAGUUCGGGAUGAAAUGGCCCAUGUAACCGGACGCGUACUUCCAGCACCUAUGCUCCAGUAUGGUGGCCGGAAUCGGACAGUAGCAACACCAAGCCACGGAGUAUGGGACAUGCGAGGGAAACAGUUCCACACAGGAGUUGAAAUCAAAAUGUGGGCUAUAGCUUGUUUUGCCACACAGAGGCAGUGCAGAGAAGAAAUAUUGAAGGGUUUCACGGACCAGCUGCGUAAGAUUUCUAAAGAUGCAGGGAUGCCCAUCCAGGGCCAGCCUUGCUUCUGCAAAUACGCGCAGGGGGCAGACAGCGUGGAGCCCAUGUUCCGGCAUCUCAAGAACACGUACUCUGGGCUACAGCUCAUUAUUGUCAUCCUGCCAGGGAAGACACCAGUGUAUGCGGAGGUGAAACGUGUUGGAGAUACACUUUUGGGUAUGGCUACACAGUGUGUUCAAGUCAAGAAUGUAAUAAAAACAUCCCCUCAAACUCUCUCAAACCUGUGCCUAAAGAUAAAUGUUAAACUUGGAGGGAUCAAUAAUAUUCUUGUACCUCAUCAAAGACCUUCUGUGUUCCAGCAACCAGUGAUCUUUUUGGGAGCAGAUGUCACUCAUCCACCAGCUGGUGAUGGGAAGAAGCCUUCUAUUGCUGCUGUUGUAGGUAGUAUGGAUGCCCACCCAAGCAGAUACUGUGCUACAGUAAGAGUUCAGAGACCCCGACAGGAGAUCAUCCAGGACCUUGCCUCCAUGGUCCGAGAACUUCUCAUUCAGUUUUAUAAGUCAACUCGGUUCAAACCUACUCGUAUCAUCUUUUAUCGGGAUGGUGUUUCAGAGGGGCAGUUUAGGCAGGUAUUAUAUUAUGAACUACUAGCAAUUCGAGAAGCCUGCAUCAGUUUGGAGAAAGACUAUCAACCUGGAAUAACUUACAUUGUAGUUCAGAAGAGACAUCACACUCGAUUAUUUUGUGCUGAUAGGACUGAAAGGGUCGGAAGAAGUGGCAAUAUCCCAGCUGGAACAACAGUUGAUACAGACAUUACACACCCAUAUGAGUUUGAUUUUUACCUCUGUAGCCAUGCUGGAAUACAGGGUACCAGCCGUCCUUCACACUAUCAUGUUUUAUGGGAUGAUAACUGCUUUACUGCAGAUGAACUUCAACUGCUAACUUACCAGCUCUGCCACACUUACGUGCGCUGCACACGAUCUGUUUCUAUACCUGCACCAGCGUAUUAUGCUCACCUGGUAGCAUUUAGAGCCAGAUAUCAUCUUGUGGACAAAGAACAUGACAGUGCUGAAGGAAGUCACGUUUCAGGACAGAGCAAUGGACGAGAUCCACAAGCUCUUGCCAAGGCUGUACAGAUUCACCAAGAUACCUUACGCACAAUGUACUUUGCUUAAAAAGUCUAAGAAUAUUCUCUGAGAGGAAGAACUGGAAGAUGAAUCAACAUACAACUAUGUUUCCAGUGGAGUCAGCUGAGUGGGGAUGCCUCCAGCCAUACAGAAACCAACGCUGUGUGGGGGCCAGGGUAUGAUCUUUAUGUUGAUACAAGGAAGAUUGUUUACUUCAUCAAGGAACACAGCACCAUUAUGCAAUAUGAAACCAGCCAACUGCUUUUUUGUGCGGUCUCCUGUAGGAAGUAUCGCAAUCAUUUUGUUUUCACUUUCUUGUAGUCUAACCCUUUUAAUGCCUUUACCUCAAGUUGCUUGGCAGCACAACUCUUUGCAAAAAAAAAAUGUAAAGAAAAAGUAAAUGAUGGUUUUUUAAAAAACACACCUAUAUGAAUAAUCAAAGUGAUUGUUCACAAUUAUGUGUGCAAAAAAUGUGCAUUCAUGUGUUCUUGUAAAAGUUAUCUGUAUAUUUUACUUAUAUACAUGCAUACUGCAUAUGCAUAUAUAUCUGGAUCUAUACUGAUAAUAGAUAUAUAUGUAUCUCUGUAUAUAUUUUAUAGUUCAUUCCAUUGGGGAACUUUCUUUCCCUUUUAUUAUCCUCCCACCACCACUAUGAUUUCUCUCUCUACCACGCUUGCCUUCAUCAACUACAUUUGUUUUUCCCUGAUGCUACCAGUAACAUUCAGAUGUUCAUGUAUCUGGUUCAUUUGAAUAUGAAGCAUGGCAAACUAGAUUUUUAUUUUGCACGCCCUACUCCUGUCUUGUCUCAUACAUAAUUCUGAGUCCUCAACUCUUGGUAUUGCUUUCUUAAGAAUCUAUCUAUCUAUCUAUCUAUCUAUAUAUAUAUAUAUACACACAUAUAUAUAUAAAAAAUAUGUUUUUGUGAGAGUGAAUGUCUGCCCCCUCCUGCUCUCAACUUACAUUUGCCAUUUGUGCAAUGUGUACAUAAGCAGUAGCAACCUAAGCUAUUCUUUUUCUUUAGUGAGUUUGUUAAAGCUGCUAUAAAUACAUAAAAAAAGAACACAACUUUGUCAGAAGUUGUAACUCUCUCUAUAUAUAAGUGAUAUGUAUUCUAAAGUCUUCUGUUUCUAUGUGUUAUACAUGGAAAUCCCUUAAAACUUUUAUAAAGGGUAAAUAUUUUAAAUGAUUGGAACUGUGUAGGAUUGAGACCUCUGAAAUUGGGUGGAGAGAAGGGAUUGUGGAGGGUUUUUUGGGGUUUUUUUUUACUAGUUUAUUUGCUGCCUCUCAUACCUUAAUGUGAUUUUCAUAUAUAUAUAUUUUUAUAUAUAUGUGUGUUGUAUAUAUAUAAACAUAUAUGUAUGUGUUUUGAAGUAUAGCUUCCUUUUCUUUUAUAUUUAUUAGAAUAGUGCUUUAAUAAUUAUAGAAUCAUAUUGGCAACAUCUUUUAUAGAAAUAUAAUCAUGUUUAUUUUAAGAAAUGACAACUUGUUUUUGCUCUCUUUUAGUGCAAUAAGCAGUUUUAAAAGAAAGCUGUGUCUGUUUGACAUCUUUACCACAGAUAGUGGGAGAAACAGGCACCUCCAUAAUUUUAAAAGGGCAAAGUAUAUAGCCUUAAUUUCAGAAGGAAAGUUUUGUAAUUUUCAAGUUUAAAGCAUGUCUUAUAAAAAUCAUAAUGAAAAUGAAGGAAGUUAAAUUUCCUAAAUGAGUGUUGACCUUGAAUAUUAGAAAUAAGGUUGAAGAACUUUGAUUUAAGUAAUGACAGCGACUAGCUUAAGAUUUAGAAGAUAUUUAAAUUCUUUGAGAAUAGAUCAUGUUUAUUGAAGAAUCAUACUGGUAAGGUGCCCAUUUUCACUUACUAAAAUGAGUCAGGAAAAUAUAAAAUGAUAUUUUAAAAACUUUUUUUGCUAAUUCAUCACCAGUGUAACUUUCCUCUUAAAAUUAGGGUGAUGGUGACAAAGGAAGUUAGGACUUUGAGCAUUUGAAAUGAGUUAAAUCACUGAAAUGUUGAAAAAAGUUUUGCGAAACUUUUGUUUUAUUGACUUCACUUUAAGAUAUUAAAAAAUACUAUAAAGCUGUCAAAACCGAGUUUAUCAGUAACCUUGGAUUCAGGGGAGCUUUGCACUUUGUAACUCAUGAAAAUUGCAUUUUGAUUUUUUUUUUUUUGCACUGGUUCAGAGUAUAGAUAUUACAGAUUGUUUCCAGUGGGCAUUGUUGUUAACCUUUCAGAAUUUCAUCUGCACAUGAAAACAAAUGGAUUAGCUCUUUAGUUUCUCUCUUACCUAUAAUCCACACUUAUUGCCAAUUUACUGUAUUUUGAGCCUAAAAUCUGAGCCCAUAUCCUCCAACAGGUAUGAAAUCUUUUGUCCCUCUGCCAGAAAACUAAGAAAGUACUGUAUUUUGUAUGUUUAUUAUAUUGAAGUGUCUGAAAUGCAAUUUACAACACUGUUUUAAAGCUCUUUACAUAAGGUAAUGUUUGUGUAGUGUAUACAUUUUUCUCCCAACCCUCCCCCCUCCUCCAAAAAAUUUCUAUAAAGAGUGUAUUUUUUUUACAUUGAAAUUUCACUGAAUAUAGUCAAGAACAUAGGCAAGAGAAGAAAAUAGUAUAUCCUAGGUGGUAAAAACCUGAUGGCGUAUGUUUGCUCAGUAUGAGUAAAACAUCUUCCUUUAUCAGUGGGAGCUGUACAGAUUGAUGUGGAAAACUUUAGGGCCCAGGGAAGAACUGUAGAUAACCUUUCCCUAUUUACCUGCUUUACCUAAUUUUCAGUCACUUAAUCUCACAUGUGCUAAAGUAAAGCCCAUAAUUUAAAACUAUUUAGAAGGACUUUUACAGAGGAAAAAAAUUUUUUUUAAAUAUAAAGCUUUACCUUUGAAGUGAGUUCUUUUUAGGGUGCUCUUAGAGUUUCAACAUUGCUAGUUUAAAGUUGGUUAACUUGAAAG